AUGAUCCGUAUGUUUGGUAGCAAGUGUCUUCCAGAAAAUCCACCCGGUGAUAUAUAUGUAGAAAACAAUCAAGAGAGUCUAAACAUCGACUUGGAACGUUUGAAAGCUACCAUAGCCAAAAUUCGGGAUCUCAUGGGUUACCGCACGUACGACGUUAGUCUACUUCUGGUCGACGACCAGGAAAUGCGAGAAACAAAUGAAGAAACCAGAGGGAUGGAUGAGCCUACCGACGUACUUUCCUUUCCCUUUACGGAAGCUAUAGAACCUGGUGUCCUGACGCCGCCAGUUGUCGAUAUUGGCGAUUACUACAAUAUGGGCGAUAUGAUGAUCGACGUACCGUAUGUAAUUCGCGCGUGUCAAGAUGAUGCGAAAUAUUCUCAUUCUGAUUUGGAGGACGAAGAUCGAGGUGUAUCCGCGGCGAUGGCGAUGGUUAUGGAUCCAGAGGAGCGUAUCAAUAUGCUUUUGGUACACGGCAUGUUGCAUCUUGUAGGAUACGAUCACAUCGAUGAUGACGACUACCAGCUAAUGGUCGCGAAAGAAGAAGAAAUUCUCCGACUCUUAGGUAAGAAAGCUGAAUGA